UUUUUUUCUGUUUAUUUUUCAAUUUCUAGAAAGCUAACAAAUUCGAACAUGUUUGAAGCAAAAUUCUCCAACGCUGGUCUUUUCAAAAAAAUUAUUGAAGCCAUAAAAGAUCUUGUGAGUGAUGCGCCAUUUGAUUGUUCCGAGUCAUCUUUGUGCUUACAGGCAAUGGAUGGAUCUCAUGUUGCUUUGGUUUCUCUAAAACUUGAAAUUGGAAUUUUUGAUGUUUAUCGUUGCGAUCGAACGAUUAGUCUUGGACUUAAUUCUGGAGAGCUUAAUAAAGUUCUAAAAUGUGCAAAGGCUGAUGAUACUUUAAUGAUUCAAUUUCAAGAUGGUGAGAAAGACACUGUCACCUUUACACUCGAGGAUAACAAAGGACGGAAGCAAGACAUUACUCUUAAAUUGUUGGACCUUGAUAAUGAGCAUCUGGGCAUACCUGAUCAGAAAUAUUCUGCUGUCAUUGAAAUGCCGUCAGCAGAAUUUAAGAAAGUUUGUUCUGAUAUUGCAACCUUUUCUGACACAAUGACGAUCAUUGCUACUAAAUCGAAUAUUGUCUUUAAAGGAUCUGGUGAUGCUGUGACUAAUACUAUAAGUUAUUCUAAGGAUCGAACUGCUGAUGAAGAGGAGGACGAUGAUGAUGUUUGUUUUUUAGGAUUUAUGAAUCUUUUAAUCUUCUAUUUUAAGCGCGUUGAUUUCAAUGUGAAAGAGAAAGUGACUUUGAACUUCUCUAUUAAAUAUUUGACCAACUUUACCAAAGCGUCAUCGCUUUCUCCACGUGUUCGUCUUUCGAUGAGCGAUGCUGUUCCUAUUGUUAUCGAAUAUGAAAUUGAAGGUAAUGGAUUUCUGCGUUUCUAUUUGGCUCCGAAAAUUGAAGAAGACAAAAAUGGAAUGGAUGAAUAA